ACUCCACUACCUAAAAAAAGCAUAAAAGACUGCAACUUGUGAGUUGAUUUUAGCAACUUCAGAUCCAGAAAAACCACUUCAAGUGAUCAAAUUGAGCUUGUCUGAACAAAUGGGUUCGUUGAUGGCAGGAUGGGAUUCACCAGCCAAUGAUCCAAAAUUAGUGAAAUAUAGAAGAAACAAGUCUUGCACGAAAGAAAACAUUGAAUCUUACUGGAGAUCAAAGAAACAAGUGGAGGAAGAACACCUGAAGGCCAUUUCUUCCAGCCCAUCGGCAUCUGGUGGCGGUCAGAAGGAGCUCACAGUUGGGGACUAUGAAGCUAAGUUUCAAAGAUCAAGCUCCUUGCCUCCGUCCACAAACAAAAAGGAAGAUUUCAUGGACAUGAGAAGCUCUGAAACAACACUGGAGGACAUCAUAAAGAAAAAUGGAUGGUGGAGAAGAAGCAACCUGGCAUUCCUGAAUGAACCACCUGUGCUUGAAAGGGCUUCCAACACCUACGUGUCUCAGUUCCACAUAGCCAGCAUCGGCCCCGCGAAAGGCGAUGCGGUAAUUGCCACUAAUUAGGUUUAGUUACUGUCUUACCCUGAAGUCUUAAAUCUUAACCUUUGUUUGUAUUAUAUCAUGUGCUAUGAAGAACGUGUAAAUAACUUGCUUGAAGCUUCCACUCAUGUUUUUAUCCCUUUUGGGAUUAAUGUGGUCUUUGAAUGUGUGUAAUUGGUGUGUUUUAUCUUUGAGGAAUGUACAGAAUAAGAGUUAAGUAAAUGAGAUUGGAUUUGGUUCGG